CAACAUUGUGUGAUCCUGACAUAUACAUGUGCGACCUUCGUUCGUUUUGUGCAGUAGAAAGGAAAUCGUGGACAAGAGCUCGGGGAAGUUAGUGCGAGGAUGAGUCCGUGGAAACGGCUCCAAUGAGAUGUUCAGCUCUAGAAUCGUCUCGCAACCUUCAGGUCACUAUUGGCUUGGGAUUAGUUAGAAGGGCGAUGGAGUUGUUAUCGCACCUGCUCCAUCGUCGUCGUCGUUGUCAGCAGCAGCAAUAUUGCGAAAUCAGGAGACGACCGCAACUCAGCGGUAGCGGAAGGCAGCGACCGCUCAACUCGACGAAGUCACGUUAACUCCCUCUUCUCUCUCGCUCCACGUGACGGGCGAUGGAACGAUUCAAGUGAAAGGGUCGUUCCUGUGGGGCCAUGACCCCCGGGGCGACUAGCCUGGAUGCGGAGGGCCUCGGUCCCUCCUGCUCGGAUCUACACAACGCCACCGGUCAGGAAGCUGCGGUACCCGUCGGCACCACUCGCACGCUGCUACAAAGAUGCUAUCAACAUCUCAAGACUUCGGGCGUGGGGGAGGCAUCAGUGUACCAUGCGCUAGUCGUCAUAUUCCUGGAGUUCUUCGCAUGGGGCCUUCUGACUAUGCCCGUGAUCUCGGUGUUGAACGAGACUUUCCCGGAUCACACAUUUCUCAUGAAUGGACUCAUAAUGGGCAUCAAAGGUAUACUGUCGUUCCUUUCGGCACCGCUGAUAGGCGCCUUAUCGGAUGUUUGGGGCCGCAAGUUCUUUCUCCUGAUAACGGUGGCCUUUACGUGCGCCCCCAUACCCCUUAUGAGCAUCAACACCUGGUGGUUCUUCGCGAUGAUAUCGAUAAGUGGGGUGUUUGCCUGUACGUUCUCCGUCGUAUUUGCCUACGUUGCCGACAUCACCGAGGAGAGCCAGAGGUCUAAAGCCUAUGGAAGAGUCUCGGCGACGUUCGCUGCGAGCAUGGUAAUAAGUCCAGCGAUGGGCGCCUUUACCAUGAGCACCUACGGCCAAAAUGUUGUGGUCGCUCUCGCGACCGCCAUCGCCAUCCUCGAUGUAUUCUUCAUUCUCGUAGCGGUGCCGGAGAGCCUGCCGGAAAAGGCAAGGCCACCAGCACCUAUUUCCUGGGAACAAGCUGAUCCGUUCGCCGCUCUCGGAAAGGUGGGGAAAGAUCACACCAUACUGAUGCUGUGCGUCACGGUGUUCCUAAGCUACCUGCCCGAAGCCGGCCAGUAUAGCUGCAUAUUCGUAUACUUGAAGCUCGCGAUGGGCUUCUCAGCAACGAUGGUUGCGAUAUUCAUAGCCGUCGUUGGUAUCCUCAGCGUAUUAGCCCAGAUUGUCCUGGGCCCUCUUAUGAGGACACUUGGCAGCAAACAUACGAUAAUGCUCGGACUCCUUUUUGAGCUGCUCCAGCUCAUGUGGUAUGGAUUUGGAUCACAAACAUGGAUGAUGUGGGCAGCUGGCAUACUAGCAUCGAUCUCCUCGAUCACCUACCCAGCUAUCUCAGCCUUCGUUUCAAUGCACUCGGACGCGGACAAGCAGGGUCUUGCCCAGGGCAUGGUGACAGGUAUGCGAGGUCUCUGCAACGGUCUUGGACCUGCCAUGUUUGGUGUUAUAUUCUACCUCUUCCAUGUGGAUCUUAACGAGAAGACGCCCUCGCUGCCCCUCAAACCGCCCCUCCUCGACGAAAAUAAUAACACGGGAACUGUUACGCACCUCGAUAUUAUGCCUCAGCUGGUACCAGGACCCCCAUUUGUAUUUGGUGCAUUAUUGGUAAUUUGCGCGCUAUUAGUAGCUGCCUUUAUUCCGGAAUCAACUCCGAUGAUAACGGGGCAGCUGCAUCAUUCUUCUACCUCCCGGAGGCCUUCCGGUAAAUACGCAUAUCAAAAAUGUACGUUACAACUUACCACCAUACAAACUGAGAAGGAUAAUCCUGGUGGCCUCUCGCUAGAUGUUCACUAUGAAACCGAUAGGAUAAGCAGCGGCAGAGGUAAAGUCGGACCCCUGUCUCCACUAGUCGACGGCUGUAACUCCGCAGUUCUUUAACCAAUGCUCGAGGCCGGAAGGCGCCAACAGGCCAGACACAAGAGUUUGUUGCCAGUCUAGGCGACACGGCUCACUCCAUCGUUCCCUCCCUCGUUCCCAAUCCCUACUAACCUCGAUGAUCAUCGGAGAUAGAGUGGCACCAGAAACAAGCUCAUGACGUUACACUGAUGCGCCGAGUAUGUUUGGUAGCAUACUUGACUGACCCAUCGGUGAAAACGCACAUUGAUCGUCAUGUACGUUCACACACCAAUGCAACCGAACAACAUAUGAGGGCACUGGGAACAAGAUUGUCUGGGACAACGGAUUUUCAACGUUGGGGCCUUCGUGGUUUAUGUAUCGUGCGAACGGGCGAGUAUCAAGAUUAGGUGAUAUUAACCAACCCUUCUUUUCGUGUACUAAACUAACGGAUACUUUAGUUUAAAUUACAAGAACAAUUUUUCUGGUGUUUUUUUCCUUUAUAAUUAUCUGCCAAAGUUUUAAAGCACUGUGAAAUAAAAGAUCGAUAUUAAAAAUAGUUUGUUUAUAUGCUUAAAUAACUACAAAUAUACAAUUUCGUAGAAGGUCGUUGUGUUGCCUUACGCACUAUUACUGAUUAACGAGAAGACUGGUAUUGUAAUAAUUGCUUGUACAAACCUUUUUUCUGCUUGAUCCAAGUUUUUUAACUUGCGAUAUUCGAGAGCCCAUAGUUAUUUUAAAUUGAUGAAACUUAUAUUUAUGCAGACUAACACUGGGGCUGUAAUUUUCAUCGUAAUGCCAUUUGCAUUAAGUCUGGAACAUGUGAAGGUUGAGAUUCGAUUUUAAUGUAGAGUUUCUUGAUAUUUUCUAUUUUUAAAUAAUUACAUCAUCUGAUUCGGAGUCAAUCUAGUGGUCUGCUACAUUGCAUUGAACGACUAAUCGUUUUAACUACAUUUGUGGUUGAAACAAAAUUGUUGUCAAGAAUUUAAGAAUAAAGCAGGCAUUCAUAGAUAUUGAGAUACAAUGCAUAUAUUGAUUUAUUGAAUGACACUAAACUUGAAUAUUUUAUUGUAUAUUGUUUGUAUAAAUGGGUUACUCGGUCUAUCAAUAUAUUUUUAGCAGAGAGGAUAUUAUGAAUGGGUAAAAGAUAACAUUACUAGUAUUAUCUAUUGUAAACUUAAUCCAUCCAUUUUAAUAUACUAUCGCAUUAUUGUAUAGGUUUAUGAAAUAUUGUUAUUUUCAAACCCAAAAAAAAAAUGGCCGACAUUAAUGCAUUAAUAGCUUAUUCUAUCCCUGUAGUACAAAAUAUCCUAGAAUAAUAAU